AUGUCGCCCGUCGAGCCAGUCCCAUCUCUUCCACCGUCCACUCUUCAGCAGCAUAUCGAGAAUACGGCAGCUUCAUCAUCACCCUCUGUUUGGGAUCGUAUCUCGACAUGGGCAUCAGAAAACAAGGCCCUAGUUUAUACAAUUGCUGGUGUGGCAGUCGUGGUGACCAGUGCUGGUGUAGUGUACUAUCUCUCUGACUCUGGCCGACCAACCCAGGUUUCCGGCCAAUCGGGAGAGAAGCGCAAGAGUAAAAAGGAGCGACGAAAGGAGAAAAAGGCUGAACAGGAGAAAAAGGCUGCUGCGUCGGACAAGUCUGACACGAAGGCGACGACAGAGCAGGCCCCAGAAGAGCUUCCAGAGGUCGAUGAAUCGAACGUCGACAGCCUACCUGCCCAGACUAGAGAACGCUACGCUGGAAUCCUCAAAGCCGCGGGAAACAAAGCGUUCGGAUCAAAGGACUACAACAGGGCAAUCGAGCUAUAUGGCAAGGCUAUCCUCUGCAAGCCUGACCCUGUCUAUUAUUCUAACCGUGCCGCCUGUUACAAUGCCCUCGGCGAAUGGGAGAAGGUGGUAGAGGACACGACAGCAGCUUUGGCCAUGGAUGAUGAAUACAUCAAGGCAAUGAACAGACGAGCAAACGCAUACGAUAAACUUGGAAAGUAUAGCGAGGCCUUGCUCGAUUACACUGCUAGCUGCAUCCUCGAUGGAUUCGCCAGCGACACUGGCAAGGCUGCUGUAGAAAGGUUGCUCAAGCAAGUAGCAGAGGAGAAAGGCCGGGCUAUCCUGGAGGGCAAAGGUAAGAAAUUGCCCAGCGCCACUUUCGUCUCAAACUAUCUCCAGAGCUUCCGACCGAAACCAAUCCCGGAGGAGCUCGAUGAGUCGGUUGAACUGAAGGAAGAUAGCGGCCUGGGGCAGCUCCGAAAGGGAUUGCUAGCAGUUGCCAAGUCAACCGGAGAUGGAUACGAUGAGUCUGCCAGAUCGUUCGAAAAGGCGUUGGAGCUAGGAGACCUUGGCAAAUUCGAGGCUCUGGCGCUGAAUAUGCGUGCCACCUUCACCUACCUAGCUGGUGAAGCAGCUGCAGCACUGGCUGACCUAAACAAGAGUAUCGAGCUUGAUCCAUCACUCGUCCAGAGCUACAUCAAGCGUAACCGGGAAUCAGCACAGGACGACUUUGACCUAGCUGUGACCCAGAACAAGGAUGACCCGGAUAUUUACUACCACCGCGCACAACUGCAUUUUAUCCUCGGCGAGCUUGGAGAAGCUGCUAAAGAUUACCAGAAAUCCAUCGAUCUUGACCGAGACUUUAUCUACUCCCACAUCCAACUCGGCGUAACGCAAUACAAGUUGGGCUCUGUUGCAUCGGCUAUGGCUACAUUCAAACGGACUCUUAAGAACUUUGAGAACGUAGCCGAGGUGUACAACUACUACGGUGAGCUUCUGCUCGACAUGCAGAAGUUUUCCGAGGCCAUUGAGAAAUUUGACAGAGCUGUUGAGUUAGAGAAAUCUAACAAACCCUGGAGCAUCAACGUUCUCCCCCUCAUCAACAAAGCCCUUGCUAUCUUUCAAUGGAAGCAGGACUUCCAAGAGGCCGAGAACCUCUGCCAAAAGGCUCUCAUCAUUGAUCCCGACUGUGAUAUUGCCAUCGCCACCCUUGCGCAGCUCCUGCUCCAACAAGGAAAAGUCUCGCAAGCGCUAAAGUACUUUGAACGAGCUGCAGAAUUAGCCCGAACAGAAGCCGAGGUGAUCAACGCCGUCUCGUACGCCGAAGCUACUCGCGCCCAGCUUGAGGUACAGGAGAAGUAUCCCAAGCUUGCCGCCAGGCUAGCACAGAUGGGCGGUGCAGCUGGACUCGGCGCUCCCGGUGCUUUCUAA